GUCACGGCUGCAUGUGUUGACACUUGGUUCAGUCUGAACAGACGAUCAGAGGGUUUGAGACCAAACGCUCCUGAGGAUCUGGGAGCGCUUGGUGAAUAUCUCCUCACUUCCAGGGAUCACACUGAGAGGUGGGUUAAUGAUUGAGGGUCAGCUGGUGACUUAUUGACUGAAGAAGCUUUUUAACUCCACUUUCAGAGACAGAGACAGGAUGAAGCCGGCCGGACUCCUCUGCCACCGGACUCCUGUUUGAUUCAAAGGACAGAAAAGAGGAUGAAGGACGCAUCUGUUUUUAAGACUCGGCUGCUCUCUGAAUUCAUCCUUAGCUUUCUAAUCAACUUCCUGCCCUUCUUCUUUUUCUUCUUGGCUCUGUUGAGGAGGAGUGACCUCUGACUCCACCUGGAUACCUGACGUGGAGACGUUGGCCUGCAGAUCCACCUCCACAAAUUAAAGUGACUGUUUUUUGAAUCAGGUCCUGACAAGCCCUCACGUUUUCCCUCCAGGGAAUCAGAGCUGAAACAGCAGACGAGGACGGAGCAAGACAAACUCAUUACCUGGAUUAUUUUCUGGGGCCAGACCUCCUCAGGACCAGGACCAGGACCAGGACCAGGACAACAGACCAGCUUGGGGAGUCCAGUCCAGUCUACAUCUGCAGCAAUGGUUGAUGGGAAGCGGCAGAGCGGCAGGGCGUCUCCCCCGGACGGCGGGUGGGGCUGGGUGAUCGUUGGCUGCUGCUUCAUGGUGACUGUCUGCACACGAGCAGUGACCAGGUGCAUCUCCAUCUUCUUUGUGGAGUUUCAGGCUCAUUUUGAAGCUGACUACUCUGCUACAGCCUGGAUCCACAGCCUGGUGGACUGCACCACCAUGCUCUGUGCUCCUGUUGGCAGUCUGGUUGGGAACCGAUGGUCCUGCCGGGUGGCGGUGAUGUUCGGUGGACUCCUCUCGUCCUGCGGCCUCCUCCUCAGCUCUUUCACCACCAGCCUGGAGCUCCUCUACGUCACCAUGGGAGUCCUCACAGGUCACCUUGCACAAAAUGUCCUUAUUUUCCACAAAUGUCCUCACAUUUCAAAAUGUCAAAUGUUCAAAUGUCACUUAUCUAAAUGCCCUCUUUCUCCAGGUCUGGGUUUCGCUCUCUGUUACACCCCAGCCAUCGCCAUGGUGGGCUGUUAUUUCCAGCAGAGGAAGGCGCUGGCGUACGGUAUCGCCAUGUCAGGCAGCGGGAUCGGGACCUUCGUGUUGGCUCCGGCCGUGCAGCUGUUAAUCGAGCUGUACUCGUGGAGGGGGGCGAUGCUCGUCCUCAGUGCCUUUGUCGCUAACCUCUGUGUCUGCGGGGCACUGCUGCGACCAAUCCCGCUGCGGGAGGAUGAGGAGGAAGCGGAAGGGGAGUCAACGGGGGAGGAGAGAUGUGGUAAUGUCUCAUCGCAGGACGCUGAACUCGCAGUAAAACUCUCCAAAGAAUCUGAAGACAGGCUUUUGUCGUCAGGUCUGUUGGCGUCGUCACCUUCAAACCCCGCCCCUCAGGUGAAGAAGAGGCGGUGCUUUGGCUCCUGCUUCCUGUCCAGUAAGGAGUACCGUUUCCUGCUGCUGCCGGACUUCCUGGGCUUGGCUGUGUCCUUCCUGUUCUUGGCCAGCGGCUGCAGCCUGCCCUUCGUCUACCUGGUGCCCUACGCUCUGAGCUCUGGCGUCAGUCACCAGCACGCUGCCUUCCUCAUGUCCAUCCUGGGAGUCAUCGACAUUAUGGGGAACGUGACCUUCGGCUGGCUGACGGACCGCAGGUGUUUGAAGCCGUACCGUCUGGCGUGUUACAUCUUCUCCGUGGGGAUGGAGGGCCUCUGCUGCCUCUUCGUGCCGUUGCUUUGCUCCUUCCCGCUCCUCGUGCCCUUCGCCGUCCUCUACGGAUACUUUGAUGGCGCCUACGUCGCUCUGAUCCCUGUGGUGACAUCGGACGUGGUGGGAGCUUCUUGCCUGUCCUCGGCGCUGGGCGUCGUCUACUUCCUCCACGCUAUCCCUUACCUCGUCAGCCCACCCAUCGGAGGUUGGCUGGUUGAUGUCACAGGAAGUUACAUGGCCACCUUCUUCCUCAGCGGCACUGCCCUGCUAGCGAGCGCCCUCGUCCUCUCCACCGUUGCAGGGAUUCGCCAGUGCUGCCGCCGCCACCUGGCCACCAAGCAUGAGGCCCGCCCCCUCGGCCCAUCCGACCAAUCAGACUGCUUCAUCGCCUUCAACAAGGAGGCGGUCCAUCAGGCCGUUGCCUCAUAGGCUCAGAGGAAAUGACAGUCAGCUUCAUCAUGGCUAAAUACAACGGGAGGCAGUGACAAAGGCUGUGAUUGGACGAGCCAGGUGUCAAUCAGAGGAAAGCUAGUUUAAGGUUUCCAACACAAGAAGCAAAAACACAGUGGCAAAACUUCACGUUUUAUUUUGUAGCAACAGGAGAGAAACAUGAAACUCAGACUUCCUGUCUGGUUAAAGCGCCUCGCAUCGUUUUUGGCUCCUCAUUAAAGCGGUCACAUGACUGACGGACACCUGGACAAACCUCUCGGAUGAACAGGAUUAUAAAGAGAAGGAAGAGUGGAAGCUGAAGCAGCUAAGCUAACAGGCAGCUGCUCACGCUCUGUGACAGGAAAAAAAAAGUUUUCUGAACUUAAAUCUGCUGCGGUCUCCGUCAUCUCAGAGCUGAAACACUUUGAACUUUGACCCCACGGUCAAAGUGAAUGAACAUCAGCUGUACAGAGUCACACAGAAGUCUGCACAUGAAAAGGCUGAUUUAAUAUCACAACCUGAGACUCUUGUUAUAGAGCCUGUAACAUGUGAGCGAGCCAUGCAUGUAGUUUCCUACAGGGCCACAAACCCAUCAUUAAAGGUUUGUCUGUUGCUGUGUGACAGGUGAAUAACAGACACACUGCAGACUGAACAGCAGAGCCAACAGUUCAAGCUACUGCUCAAACAGUUUGAACAUAAGCUGAAGGUUUUGACCUUGAUGCAGGAGGAUUCACCACAGGACUGAAUCACGUUUGUUUUGCCUUUUGUCUUUAAGAAGUGAAUCAGCUGUUGUUCAUUGUAACUCAAAUCACAUCACAGGAACAGAGAGGUGUUUGAU